AUGCCCGCCAUCCGAGGACCCAAGAGCAAGUCCAAGACUCGACGACACACGCGCGAUCUCGAUCAGGUGCACGCGGACACGCAGUCUGAGAAGCACCUACAACAAUACAAGGACACGAAGGCGCUAGAAGAUUUGCCAGGCUUUGGCCAAUUCUACUGCACCGAAUGCRCCAAGUGGUUCGAGUCCGAGCUGAACUUUGGCAAGCAUCUCAAAGGAAAGCCACACAAGAAGCGCGUAAAGCAAAUGAAGGAAGAACCRUACAGUCAGAAGGAGGCUGAGGCUGCUGUGGGUUUGACUACCAACAAUGGACGAAAGACGGCGGAAGCGGACAUGAUUGAUGCUUCAGAGGAUGAAGAUGUGAUCUGA